CACAUUACCUUAAAUAUGUCGGAUUUAUCCACAACUUCUGCUUGUGUUGUGUUGUUGGCGUUUCUUGCCGGAGUCAUUAAUGCAUCCAAGGAUUUGGCCCUUCAUAAAAAGGCUACCCAAAGUUCAACGCAUGUGAGAUAUGAUGCUGGUAGGGCGGUGGACGGUAUUCCUGGCCACGACGAAGUAGCUGGACAUUGUUCACAUACAGAUCUAGGACACAGUGAGGCCUGGUGGAUGGUUGACCUUGGACGGACGUACAGGAUACAGACAAUCAAUAUCACCUACAGAUAUGGAUAUGCCUUAAGACUGUCUGGAUAUUACCUUUACGUUUCCAACACAUCGUUCCAUGAUAUUUCAACGGAUCUACGCAGCCAACGGGCAUCUUUGCUACCAUGACGACAUACAUGAUCCGGACCUGCUUCCGUCGACCAACCAAUCUCGCCCUUGUACCGUUAUUGGGCGAUACGUCAUAGUCUACAACAAACGUCCCGCUGAUAACGGACCAAAGAAUCAUGAAAGAUAUUCUACUA